UCAUUAGUGCCAGCCUCACCUCUUGGAGUGGGCACACUGCGGCAGAGACAGACACGAUCCCAAUAAUGAAAUCUCACAUGUGCGUGGGUGCAGGAGGCAGUGCCCUGCACCAGUGUCCGCGCCCCAGACCCGUUCUCAGGUCUGCAGACCCCAGGGUCCCUUGCUACUGACAAGGCGGCUUCUUGUCCAGAAAGGGAACUUCCUAAAACGCCCAAAUGUAUACUGCAAUUAGGCUACCAAGAAACUUCAUCGGAAAUAUGGCCUAUCCCAAACCUGGCCCAGCCGCGGGCCCGGAGCCCUCCCCCUCCGCUGAGCCGGCCCGAGGCGAGGGCGCAUUUGGUGAGAGUCUGGCGGCCUCUACCGGAGCGCCUCUGCAGAGGAACGUUCCCCAAAGCCGGAGACGACAUGUGGCGCUCGGGCGAGCACCUUGCAGAACAAGGAGUAGCUUGCUGACUUUGAACGCGUGGCAAAUAUUUCAGAAAGCUUCAAGAUCAAGGUUGAGAAAGGAACAGUUAUUCUUCCAAAUUCAUCUGCUUCAGCUAUUAUUCUUAUUGGGAAUGGACAAUGGAAUGUUCUCUAGCUUUAUCAUGAUCAAAAACCUCCUUCUGUUUUGUAUUUCCAUGAACUUAGCCGGUCACUUUGGCUUUUCACAAAUGCCAACCAGUUCUGUAAAAGAUGAAACCAAUGACAACAUCACAAUAUUCACCAGGAUCUUGGAUGGGCUCCUGGAUGGCUACGACAACAGACUGAGGCCUGGGCUCGGAGAGCGUAUCACUCAGGUGAGAACGGACAUCUACGUCACCAGCUUCGGCCCGGUGUCUGACACGGAAAUGGAAUACACCAUAGAUGUGUUUUUCCGACAAAGCUGGAAAGACGAAAGGCUUCGGUUUAAAGGGCCCAUGCAGCGCCUGCCUCUCAACAACCUCCUUGCCAGCAAAAUCUGGACUCCAGACACCUUCUUCCACAAUGGGAAGAAGUCCAUCGCCCACAACAUGACCACGCCCAACAAGCUGCUGCGGCUGGAGGAUGAUGGCACUCUGCUCUACACCAUGCGCUUGACCAUCUCAGCAGAGUGCCCAAUGCAACUUGAAGACUUCCCGAUGGAUGCUCAUGCCUGCCCUCUGAAAUUUGGCAGCUAUGCAUAUCCUAAUUCUGAAGUUGUCUAUGUCUGGACCAAUGGCACAACCAAGUCGGUGGUGGUGGCAGAAGAUGGCUCCAGGCUGAACCAAUACCACCUGAUGGGGCAGACAGUGGGCACAGAGAACAUCAGCACUAGCACAGGUGAAUACACAAUCAUGACGGCUCAUUUCCAUCUGAAGAGGAAGAUCGGGUACUUUGUCAUCCAGACCUAUCUCCCCUGCAUAAUGACUGUGAUCUUGUCGCAAGUGUCCUUUUGGCUGAACCGAGAAUCAGUUCCAGCCAGGACAGUGUUUGGGGUGACCACGGUGCUGACUAUGACGACCCUCAGCAUCAGUGCCCGGAACUCUCUGCCCAAAGUGGCUUAUGCGACGGCCAUGGACUGGUUCAUAGCCGUGUGCUAUGCUUUUGUGUUCUCUGCGCUGAUCGAGUUUGCCACCGUCAACUAUUUCACAAAGAGAGGCUGGGCCUGGGAUGGCAAAAAAGCCUUGGAAGCAGCCAAGAUCAAGAAAAAGGAGCGUGAACUUACACUAAAUAAAUCAACAAAUGCUUAUACUACUGGGAAGAUGACCCACCCCCCAAACGUCCCAAAGGAGCAGACCCCUUCAGGGACCUCAAAUGCCUCUUCAGCCUCAGUAAAACCUGAAGACAAGACUUCUGAAAACAAAAAGACUUACAACAGCAUCAGCAAGAUAGACAAAAUGUCCCGAAUUAUAUUCCCAGUCCUGUUUGGCACUUUCAACCUAGUUUACUGGGCAACAUAUUUGAAUAGGGAGCCAGUGAUUAAAGGGGCUACCUCUCCAAAAUGAGCUGCCAUGCUCCCAAACUCCAAGACAGCCAUACGUUCAGUGAUGGGCACCAAGGAGAGGUUGAGCUUGGGGGACCUUCCUUUUUGGGGCACUAUCUUUCAGGAAAUUUUUGCAUGUUUAAUAAUAUGUACAAAUAAUAUUGCCUUGAUGUUUCUAUAUAUAAUGUCAGAUGUUUCAAAGAUGUCAAAUUGAUAAAUCAAGCCACUUUCUAGAAAAACAGGAGACAAUGGCUCUGAUACUCAGAUGCUCAGUAUCUUACAUUGAUAGUUUACAAACAAGUAUAUUUUUAACUGUUCCAAGUGUUACCUAACAAUGUUUUUUAUACUUUGAAUGUCAUUUCAUACAAAUUUUCCCAGCAAAUAAAUAUUUUAGGAAAUACUCCAUGAUUACUACUUGACCAACUCUCACAAGAAGCAAAUAUCACAAAGAGCACAUUUUUCAUUGAAAAAGAAACUGUGGGCAUUUAUGUACAAACUAAUUGCCUUUGAUAAUUCUUACUGUUCUGAAAUUAAAAGUUCUGCAUGAUCUUAUGUUAAGAAAUAGAAUAAACAAAUAUUUAUGCAGACAUUUAAUAACAGAAAUAUAUGAUAUGUUAGAUUAACAGAUACAAUGUUUCCCCAAGGAAAAAUUUAACUGCUUAAAAACAGUUUUUGUGGGGGAGGUGGGAAUGAAACUUACUUCUCUCCCUCCGACUCCCCCCACUAACUGAACAAUGACCAAGAAAGAAAAGAUCUUAAAACAAAUAGUGUGAUGACAGUCUUGGCAUUUGGCCUGAGCAUCCACUGUCUGAAACACUGACCACACCUCACUGCAGCCAGUGUGUAGUGCUUCAGUGGUGAGAAAUUGUAAAUGAGUUAUUUUCCAUUUUAUUUCCCUGUAUGUUAUUUCAUGAUUGACUUAUUGCUCUGUUAGCAUUUGUAUAUGAACCUUAAAUGUUCAUUAAAAAAUAAACUGAUCUUGUGGAUAAAUGUCA